AUGGCAAAGAGUAAAACAGGGCCCCCAUACACGGGUCGCAAUGCAGAAUAUGUCGUCGUCACCACCCCGUGGGGGAUGAAUCGCGUCCCCAGCAGUCGCGCCUCGCAGGACUUUAAUAGGCUGGCAGCGUGGGUCCAGCUUAUCCUCCAGGACAAAGAUAUACACGCGACAGUUGAGCUAAUAUUUAGUAUGGGGACAAGAGAUGAAGUCAUUGUCCAACUUCCACUCGGGACAGAUAUUCAGCCACUUCUUGGGGAGCAUAAGUUGGCAAUUAUUUCAAAGAAAUGGGAUGGGAAUCCAAACGAUGAUAGGGCGUCCUGUUUCUUUGAAUACAAUUUUCGCAACAACGGUGACCCCGGUAAUCGUGAGUUUAGGCAUCUCAGUUUUACUUUGUUAAGGACAUUACCUCCUGUCAAGUCCCCUUACCCGGAGCCAGGCUGGGUUGAGCCCCCUCGCUCCAUUCGCAGUCUCGUCCUUCCAAUACCACCUAAACCACUGCUACCUACCCCAGAAGCUGAGCCAACUGUUCCAACAUCAAUCCCUGUCCCUGUAUCUCAAAAAAAGACACAUAUACCUCCGCCCGCGGCACCUGCUGAUGUUACUUCUGUAUUCAAACCUUACGAGCCCCCUACGCAACACCCUGCUCAUGGAACAUAUAUUAACCAGACAAAUCAGCCAAGGAACCCUUCUGCAGACCGGCAAAGCCAUCAGCCAACUCCAGCCGAAGGUGAACAUGUCCCGGUCCAAAAAUACCUGAAAAAGCUAGAUCCCUACCAGGAAGAAGAAGACUCUCUAGCGCUCUUGCGAGCAUCUCCACGAAAUUCUCAAAGUGACUCCAAGCCCGUCAAACUUGAACAAGUCAAGAGAGAUUUGACGCAGGAAGAAUACGAGCCACCCCCGCAACUAAUAGAUGCGAUCAACAGUUUGAUACAGAAACAGAACGAGGAACAAAAAGUUGGAUUGAGCAUAAUUGACGGAUCGCUGCCAGGGCCUUCAACUUCCCACCAGCCAUCUGCAGAGCAUAUGGACGUAGUUGAAAAUAAAAUUCUGGAGCGGAAUCUCGAUAAAAAGCCUUCACCAAGAACGGCCCUCAGCACCUGCAAGACUCUCGGCAGAAGUCUCGUGCGUCAUCACUAA